UGGUUACCUAACUCAGGCAUCACUCAUCAGUCGUCGAUCGUCAAUCGUCGUCUCGUCCGGCAGCUGAAAGAGGGAAAGAGGCGACUAGAGAUGUCAACCACGAAGCGGCUGAUCUUCGAUGAUCUUCUCUGGAUAAUAAGAUAAUUGUUCUCUCCGGAACCCUAGCUUUCAUCCAGCAUCGAUUAAGCGACCCUGGAAUUUCAUUGGAGUCCAUCAACGCCCAGCAAGCUCGGAGACGUAUGGAUUUUUCCUUUGGCCAUUACGCUUCUCUGCACAUCGCAAAGUCAUGCUGCUUGCUAAAAGUGCGGGAAAUUUUCGCGUGUUUGGAGUAGGAGAAGAAAUUGGGAGGGGUUUGGAGGAAGAAGUGACUCACAAGUCUACUUCGAUGUUGAAAUCGGCGGGGAAGCUGCGGGUAAUAAGAUCGCUAACUGCACUUAGACCCAUUUCAAUCUCAGGUCGCAUUGUGAUGGGUUUAUUUGGGAAGACAGUCCCAAAGACUGCAGGAGGGAAAGGGAAAAGUAGGGAGCCACUGAGCUACAAGGGGAGCACAUUCCAUAGGAUCAUACCUCAGUUCGUGAUCCAAGGAGGGGAUUUCACACGUGGUGAUGGACGCAGUGGAGAAUCAAUCUAUGGCGAGAAGUUUGAGGACGAGAGAUUCAAGCUGAAGCACACUGGUCCAGGUUAA